AUGACCGCAAAAACUCGCUCACAUUGGAAGGAAUAUGGAACAGCGCUGUGUGCGACGCUGAUCACCGCAACAGCAGGUACUUGCUACGGUUGGCCUUCCCCCAUUCUUCAGUAUCUGCAGUCACCGCAGAGUUACAUACCGACAACAGCAGACGAAGGAUCAUGGAUCGUGUCCAUCAUGAUCCUGUGUUCGGCACUCACGCCGAUACCAUCAGCAUACUUCGCAGACCGCUUUGGCAGAAAAACCACAUUACUCCUUGGAGCAGUCCCCUUCAUAAUUGGCUGGAUAUUAGUCAUCGUAGCCAAGUCUGUUGCCGUGCUAUAUGUGGCUAGAAUGUUCUCCGGGCUUGGUUAUGGAAUAGUGUACACAGUUGCUCCAAUGUACACGGGAGAAAUAGCUACGAAUGAAGUCCGUGGCGCCCUCUCUACACUUAUCACAUUGAUGAAUAAGGUUGGAAUUCUUGCCCAAUACUGCAUCGGACCAUUCGUAACCAUAAAAACCUUAGCGGCUAUCAACAUGAUCCUGCCCAUUACUUUCGUAUUAACUUUCAUCUUUCUGCCCGAAUCGCCCUACUAUUACCUGAAAUUUGAGCGCACGGAGAGAGCAGAACGUGCUCUUAGACAUUUACGCAGUGGUGAUAUAAGAUUGGAACUUAAAAACAUAGAAAUCAACGUUCAGGAGGACAUGAAAAACCGAGGUACAUGGGGUGAUCUGGUAACCGAAGCGACGAACAGAAAAGCCCUCUGGAUAAGUUUAGGAAUCUUCACAAUCCAACAGUUUUGUGGCAGCGCUGCUCUUGUUGCGUAUGCCCAAACAAUAUUCGAUAUAACUGAUAGCCACAUAGAGCCGUAUAAGGCAACAAUAUAUGUGGGAUGUGUCCAAGUUGCCACUUGCUGCCUGUCGGUUCUUUUGGUCGAUCGUGUUGGACGGAAACCACUGCUUCUAUUGUCUGCGCUAGGGGUGGGACUAAUGAAUGGCGUUCUUGGAACUUAUUUCUACUUCUACCUGUCGAAUAAGGAGUCAGUCGCAGUCCUUCAUUGGCUACCGAUAGCGGCUAUGAUGAUUUACAUUAUUUGCUACGCUGUUGGUCUGUCCACGGUGCCCUACGUGAUUAUUGGAGAAAUGUUUCCGACCAACGUCAAGUUGUACGCCUCCUGUGUCGCUCAUAUUUAUACUGGAGUUUCCAUGUUUGCUGUUCAAAAACUCUUCCAGGUAAUAAGAGAUACAUAUGGUAUCUACACAGUUUUCUGGGGCUUCUGUGCGUGCUCAAUCCUCGGGCUGGUGUUCAUUCUAGCCGUGCUACCCGAGACCAAGGGGAAAUCAUUUGCUUGCAUACAGGCUCAGCUGAAAAGAGAAGUCGCCCGCGACAACGCAAGCAAACUUAUGACUGUCGAGUAUUAA